AUGAACCCGCCCGCUCCUGUCAAGGCGGCGCCCUUGCCUCGUCCAUACCGCGACUUCCUCACUCCGUCCUUGCACAGAAGGUUUACCAGUGCUGCUCUGAUCGGACUUGCAGCAUGCUGGCUCAUCUCAAUUCCCAUGGCUAGCCCCAGCCUGUUCUGGUCUUGGUUCCCUCUUGGUCCUGCUGGCAUCCGCACUCUCUUCCUCUUCAUCUCGUCGCUGUCCAUCUUUGUCCUCCGAGUUGCUCAAUUGCACUUUGGUCCGCGAACUACCACCUCGCCCUUCGAGUCUUUCUGGAGCUAUCUUGUGUCCAAGAGCACUGUCCUUACCUGCUUCUGGUAUUCUCUUUCUGCCUUCCUCUUUGCAGAGCUCUACAUCUUCACCACUGCCAAAGAUGCCAAUCUUGCAUGGAUCGACCCUGGCAGAUCCUAUGAACGUCCCAAGUUGAACGAGCGCCCUAUCCUCCUCCGUUCCCAGUUCCUCUUCCUUGCUCUGGCCCAAUCUGCCAUCCAUCUCUACAAGGACUACGACCUGAUUCGUCUACCGCAAUCUCCAGCCAAGAACUCGCCAGUCAUGCAGCUAAGAGACGAGCUUAAAAUCAUCCUAGGCCACACUGUGAAGGUUGUCAGUCUCACUUGCUUGUUCGGUCCCUUCGUCUACUUCGCCGUCUGGAGAAACUUCGCAUGGGCCCUCGCGUUCAAGAUCGGCCGUACUCUGUUCUUCUUGCCCAAAUCCACAAGACCAUCAGGUCUUACCGACCCUGUCUCUCUCAUUGCACGCUUCCUCUGGUCUGCCAUGCUUCUGGUUGCCUUGUGGGAGCUUUCCAGUCGUGCCUUCACCAUCUACACUGCUCAAGAACCUGUCAAGAAGGACAAGCCUCUGACCGCAGACUCAAAAGAUCCCAAUGGUAGCUUGAUCGCUGGACUGAAAGCAAAGAAAGAGAUCCCCAAAACCAUGGCUUUCUGGGAGCUUGCCAUGAUCACUAAGAAAUUUGAGGAACGUAGAAAAACUCUGUUCGCCGAGCUUGACAGAAAGGGUGAAUCUACUUGGUCUCAGAUCUCUGGCACUUGCUUGAUCGAGAUCCAAUCUGUCAUUCAGCGUAUCCAAGACUCGCAAGGAGCUGUCGCUCACGCUCCUGAGCAACCUCCUCAGCCGCUUCAAACUCUGCCCAAGAUCUCAUCGCGCCCUGUCAGAGAGGAUGCUAUUUUCAUGGCACCUCCGCCACCUGCGACUGGCCUGCAAGCCUUCGAAAGCUCUGUUGGCUUGGUCGCCAGAUCUUACGGCCAGUCCCACGGCGCCACAAAUCCCGUCAGCCCACGAGCACAAAAACUGCUCGAGUAUGGCGCCGAUCGUAUCUUGACCAAGGAGCAGCAGCAACAACUCGGUCGAGCCGGAAUGGUUGACAAUGCUAAUGGUCUGAUCUCCUGGCUCAUCAGGACGCCACUCGGAAUACCUUUCCGUCAAUCAUUUGCUCGUCGCGUCAAUGCGACUGUCUUUGGUGUACCUUUCAGCACUAGCGCCAUCAUCACCAACGCUGUACAAGCAGUCUGUGGUCUUGCCGUUGCCAGUCUAAAGGAAGACAACCUUGGCCAAGUGCAAAAAGACAUCUCAACUAUCGUGCGCACUCUCAUCAUUACCACACAACAGAUUCAACUUUUCAUCCGAAACUUGCCACCACAUUGGACAGACGUGGACUUUGAUGGCAAUCGCAACGUUCCAGAAGUUGAAGAGUUGUUGAAAGUUCUGCGCGAUGGUUUGCACGAGAUUGUCGUCACCUUUGGCGAGUAUGCAGGUAACCUGGGACUCUCAAAGUCUGAGAUGAUGAUUGCCAGAGAGCUGGCUGGCAGAGGUCCCGAGAUGGAGUCUGUCAAAUAG